ACAUUUCCACAAUAUUUAUUGUUUGUUUAUUUUGUUUCUUGUUUAUAUAUUUUGCUUGUUGCAACAAAAUCCGAAAUUAAAAUUGUUUAUAAAAAAAAAACAUGGCGGUUGAGGGCAUAGAGUGGCUAAAAGAAAUCCUCAACGACGUCCAAUUGGCCCAAUUCCUUGUCCCUCUAAGGGACGAUUUACAAGUGACCCGCUUGGAACAUUUCGAUUUUGUCAAAACAGAAGACUUAGAAAAUAUUGGCCUCAGCAAACCCGGUGCCCGAAGGUUGCUCGAAGCUGUCAAAAAAAAACGAGCCCAACAGAAAAAACGCAACCUAAUCAGCCGCCUAAUUCCAGUGUCAGCAAAAUCCCAACAAAAAAGACCCGAAGAAGGUGAAAUUUUGACCUCUUGCCUAAUCCAAGAAACCCAAAUCAUGUUGGGCGUCAAAUUGGGCGACGGCAGUUUUGGCGUUGUCAAACGAGGAGAAUGGGCAAGUCCAACUGGCAAAUCAAUUCCAGUGGCUGUCAAAGUCUUGAAAGCUGAUGCCCUCAAUCAACCUGGAGUUUUUGAAGAUUUCAUCAAAGAAGUCCAGGCAAUGCACUGUCUUUGUCACCCCAAUUUGAUUAGGCUAUAUGGUGUUGUAUUGUCUCAGCCAAUGAUGAUGGUAACAGAACUGGCCCCAUUAGGGUCACUAUUAGACUUUUUGCGAAAACAGUGUCAACAUACUCCGGUGCAACUUUUGUGCCAGUACGCCACCCAGCUGGCAACCGGAAUGGCCUAUUUGGAGCAGAAACGGUUUUUGCACCGGGAUUUGGCCUGUCGCAACGUUCUACUAGCUGCUGUUGACAAGCUAAAAAUAGGCGAUUUCGGUUUGAUGAGGGCCCUGCCCCAAGAAGACGACUGCUACGUAAUGACCGAACACAAAAAAGUCCCCUUCCCUUGGUGCGCCCCUGAAUCUUUACGCUCCCGCCAAUUCUCGCACGCCUCCGACACCUGGAUGUUCGGAGUGACAAUUUGGGAAAUGUUCAGUUUCGGCGAAGAUCCCUGGAUGGGGCUGAUCGGUUCGGAAAUUUUGCGGAAAAUCGAAAAAGAGGGCGAACGCCUGGCGCCACCCGACGCCUGCCCUCAGAGAAUUUACGCUACGCUGUUGCAAUGUUGGGCGAAAAAUCCUCAAGACCGCCCCACGUUCGGCGCCCUCAAGGAAUUUUUCCGCAAAAACGCCACGCCCGUUAUGAAAGCUUUGGCCAAUCAAAUCGAACCUGACAAGCUGCGCAUGACAGAAGGCGACGACAUUACUAUAAUCGACGGCAGCGCCGAAUUAUAUUGGUGGAAAGGCCAAAACCAACGGACAUUUGACGUAGGACUUUUUCCAAGAUGUUUGGUUGACCCGUUGCGCCCCAAACAGCCCGAUGACAUCAGCAAACCGCUGGACAAUAGUUUCAUUCACACGGGGCACGGUUCGGCGUUCGGAGCGAGUUGGGGCAGCCCCGGGCGGAUCGACGAAAUGUAUUUGGGCAAUCCGAUGGAACCGCCCGAUUUGGGCGGCACUGCGCAGAGGCGCCGCCCUCAGUUUGCUACUUCGCCCCAAUUGGGCGAUCGGCGCAAGGUUAAAAGCCUAAACGGCCCUUUACGUGCAGUGACACUUGACAAGCAAUUCAGCUAUCGAAAACUCAAAAACCAACCGGAAAUAUCGAUAUCGACGAAUCCAAGAGAAUCGAUUUUAAUCGACGUUUCGGCUCCGCCUCCAAUAAUCGAACCGCACAAUCGCAGCUCGAGCCUAUUGGACGAACCCAUUGACGUACCGCAAGAAGAUGUGACAGUGCCGCCCCCUUACACCAACCCGCCCGCCUACUACAACACGUCAAUCGAAGACGAAAUAAUGCAAAAAAUCGCUUCGAUGGGCGACGUUGCCAGAUCGCAACUGGUAAAAUCCCCUGAGAAAAGCUUCGCUACACCUGUCAAUGUCGACAGUGUUGCCAACAAUUUAGAGUUGCUACAGCUUGACAGUUGCUAUACAAAUGUUUAUGCCAAAUCUUAUGUUGAUAGUAGUAGCAAAAACGAUACGAAAUCGGUUAUCGAUAAGAUUUGGGUCGAUACGAAUCGAGUCGAUAGAGAAAUUUACGUUGUCGAUUCCGAGUUUGGGCAAUUCAAGAGCAACCGUCGAUAUGAACCUGCUCGGAGUAGCAACACUUAUACCGAUCCGCGCUUGUAUGAUUAUAGUAAUACGGAAAACUUCUACAGCCAAGUGCCGGAGGAAGAGUUGAGGCCUCAUAGACCAGCGCCGCCGCUGAGCAUGCAACAAAUCCAACGGAAAAUCCAGCUCAGCGCCGACGCUGAACGUCUUAUGACGCCCGAGUACCGAAACGUCAAAAUCUCUCAGGUCAAAGAUGGCGUCGGAGGUCAAGCUACAAACGACCAAUGUUUGACAGUGUUGCUACAAACUGGGUGGGACGUCGAUUUGGCUGUCAGACAAUUGAAAAUUGACAGUCUAAUGAAGUUGGGGUUGGUUGACAGGAGGAGAUGCGAGGAGGCUUUGGAACGGGCCAAUUGGAAUUUGGAGUUGGCCGCUUCCGCCAUUUUGGACUUGUGAUUGGCCAGGAUUUAAGUUUUUGGUGCCAAAGAUGUUUGUUGCUAUGUGUGGCAACAUUGUUGAUUUAUUUUUUAGGGCCAAAAAAAUUAGGAUAAAUUGUAUAUUUUUCUUUGUUUAAUGGUAUGGUGGAGUGAGGCUGUCAAUUGUCAAUGUCAAGCCUCUCGAGCCUCACUUCACUUCACAAGGGCCACAGCCUCACUUUACGGUACAAGCCUCUUUGAACAAUUAUUGUUAAUUCAUAAGUUAUGACGUCAUAGAAAUAUUUUGUUUAUAAAUAAUAAAAUAAAAUUUAGUGAAAUUGCAUUUGGUUAAUUAAUUGUAAAGGACUUGUGAUGGCGUCAUUAUUUUCACUAAUUACUGCUAACGACAUCUAUUAGAGAAAAGUUAAACUAGUUGUUACAGGAAUCUGUAAUUGACAGGCGACAUUUAUCGAACAAAAUCUAAACUAAUUAUUACAGGAAGCUGUAAUUAGUGACCAAAUAAUGACGUCACCAUAAGUGCUACCCGUUUUAGAAAAAAAUUAAAUACGAUUGUUUAUAGAUAAUUGUUAAGUAGCUACAAUAAAUUAA